GGCUCUGCAAACGUUGACCGAACGACCCGAGUCUUUUUCAGGUUUCGGAAAAAUUUGGUCUGCAAACGCUACCAGCUCUUGUUGUUACUUGUUAGUCAGUCAAUCUCUCUUGCUCCCUCCCAAUGGCGGAAAAGGGCGAAUUCGCGGUCCGAAUCAUCGACAAAACCCUAAUCCGAGCAUCGGACCCGCCCCCAUCCCCGCGCGUCCUCCCCGUCUCCAACAUCGACCUCAUCCUCCACUCCUUCCCCAUCUCCCUCAUCGCCGUCUACCCCGCCCGCUCCCCCGCCGCCGGCGACUUCUCCGCCGCCGCCGCGGCCGUGCGCUCCGCCCUCCCCUCCUUCCUCAACCACCUCUUCCCCUUCGCCGGGCGCAUCGUCGCCAACCCGGCCACCUCCCUCCCGGAGAUCCACUGCAACAACGCCGGCGCCGAGCUCGUCCUCGCCGAGGCCGACGCCCCCCUCUCCGCCGUCGACUUCGGCGACGUCCACAGGUCCCUCUACCGGAUCCAGAUCCCCUUCGGGAACGACGUCGCGCUCUCGCUCCAGCUCGUGCGGUUCGCGUGCGGGGGGUUCUCGGUGUCGUGGGGCACCAACCACCUCCUCGUCGACGGCCACGGCCUCACCAUGCUCCCCACCCUCUUCUCCGAGCUCGCCCACACGGGCGCGCUCUCCCGGUCCCCCAACCACGACCGCUCCCUCUUCGGCCCCCGAUCCCCGCCCCGCUACGACCCCGCGCUCGAUCAGGAGUUCACGCUGUACGACCCCGCCCGCCUCGUCAACGUGCUCAUGUGCGACACGUUCGUGCGCCGCAACUACCGCGUGGACGCGGCCGACGUCGAGCGCCUCCGCGCGGCGGCGAGCGAGGGGCAGGGCCGGCGCCGGGCGACGCGGCUCGAGGCGGUGUCGGCGUACAUCUGGAAGGCGCUGGCGGCGGCGACGGCGGCGGCCGGCGGCGACGAGCGGUGCCGCAUGGCGUGGCUGGUCGACGGGCGGCCGCGGCUGGCGGGGUGCCGCAAGUACGCGGGGAGGAGGAUCGGGGAGUACCUGGGGAACGUGAUCACGUACGCGUGGAGGGAGGCGAGGGUGGAGGAGGUGGCGGGGGGUUCCAUGGCGUGGGCGGCGGCGGAGGCGGGGGCGGCGAUCGCGGGGGCGGCGGGCGAGGAGAGGUUCCAGCAGCUGGUGGAUUGGAUGGAGGGGCACAAGGGGGCCGGGAAGUGGACGGAGACGGUGGGGCUGGGCCUGGGGAGCCCCGCCGCGGUGGUCUCCUCGUUCCUGCCCUUCCGGAUCGACGCCGACUUCGGGUUCGGGCCCCCGGCGCUGGCGAUGCCGUGGCUGCGCCCCGGGCGGCUCGGCUCGGCGGCGUUCACGAUCAGCCGGGGGACGGGAGGGGACGGCUCCUGGGUGAUCAACACGCGGCUGUGGCCGAGCCUGGCCGCCGUGCUCGAGGGCGAUCCCGCCGCCGUCUUCAAGCCGCUCACGGCCGACAGCCUCGGGCUGGCGGCACGGCAGGCGAGCCGUUUGUGAAAAUGCCGUAGACGGAGUAAGCAUACGUGAUGACACUUUUUAUGCCAUUUAUUAAUCUCAACGAAACUCUCUCUGCCUGCAUGAUUACUUGUAAUACUCAACAUGUUUUUAAAUAGAUAUAUAUUUUUCUUUUCUUA